GCUAUGGACGCACAUUCUCAAAUUUCUUCACCUUAUGCUGCGCACGUCAGUUCUUGUGCGCAAACAACGGCAAUAUUCUGGCCUGUCUUCCCUAACUAUUGCCAUGGCAAAACCGUCAGCCGAAGAACUCUACGCUUUCAAUAUGCGGAGAGAAACUUGGUGUAAAAUUGAGUUUGACAGUGAAUUCAUGAAGCUACGCGAGAGAAGGCACUUCACCUGCCAUCUCCAAAACAGCCUCGAUCUGGGAGCGCAGCAGUCAUUUACAACGCUGGACCGAAGCCGCUGGAUGCAAGGCCAUCACUGUGGCCGUCACGUCGAGCGAAAACAUUUCGAGGAGAGCAGGAAUGCCCACUUGGCGUGAAGGUGAAGACGACGCAGAAUGACACAACUAGACAGUUUAAAUAAUAAAUAAUACAACAACAAUAA